CUGGACUGGCAGGGACCUGACCAGCCCCCUGCUGUCCUGAAUAACCCCACCAUAAACCAGGACACGUACUCCCAAUGGACUUGCUCUCUAGGCUCCCCUCACACACCUCUGAAUCAACCAUUAGCCAGACUGAGAUGCAGCUCUGUGUCCCUGCAGCACUGUGCUCUACUCACCCUGGCACCAAAUAAAAGCCCUGGCACUUCCUAAGCUGCACCAAGCUCUGCAGGCAGGUGGCAGAUCAAAGACACCUGGACCACCUGUUAUUCACAGGCCUGUCUUGCUAUGGCUGCAGCAGAGAUGCAGGUUUGUUCUUUGAGACUAUCAGAGUUGACCCAUUUAACUUGAAAUGAAAGGAAGAAAAAGAAAAUGGAAAAAAUCUGGAAAAGGAUCCCCAGGCUACGACUCCCCUAACUAUUCAUACAGUCAGUUACACUGGGUCAAACAGUAGAAUAGUAAUGGUAAAAGAUAAUAAAAUGCAAGAAAUACAUUUUCAGGAUCUCAGUUGCUUCUCAUGAAAGAGAAUCCAGGCUUGAGCUUUUUGGUGCAAGAAAUAAAAAAAUGGAAGAUAGAAAGACCCACAGAGAACUUCUAGGUACCAUUUUUUAAACACUGAUUAAAGAAAACAAGGCACAUUUACUAACAGACAGAUCUGCAGAUUUAUCUGCCUGUUUCUGUAAGAUAAGCAAGGUUUUAUCAGCAUUUGAAUGGAAGAUCUCCAAGUAAGCGAAUCCAACAAAUUAACAAGGGCAGCCCAUCAGUUUGCUAACGAUACCAGAGGCCACCACAUGACGCUCUCUUUCAGGCUGUCUAGACUAAAUUGUGGCUGUGAGCAGGCAAAGCUGAUGCCUGAAUUUUCAGCCAGUGAGAGAAAGGCCCAUCCGUGGUGAAUUGCUCAACGUGCAGGACAAAAAAGAUGCCAAGUUCCUGUGCUCAUUCCUUCCGGCAGAGCUAGGAGGAGAGAAAAGCAAACUGCUCUUGGGCAACAGCCCUUUUCACUUCUGUCUGGACUCCUCUCUUUCCCCUUCUCUGCUGGACAGACAUGGAGAAACUCAUGCACCUCAUCUUGGUCUUCUUCUCAGGAGGUUGAAUGUAAAUCGCAACAGCUGUGGUUCAACAGGAGGAAAAUAAAACUCAGUGAAGUAGAGACAUCCUUUGGGCAUCACAAAGAAAUACAUGAGCUAGGGAGCACAUCUCUGUAGGGAAUAACACUCCCAGUCUUUGAUUAUUUUCAGCUUGGAGAGCAAUGGGAAACAAGGCACGGGAUCCAGCUGGUGUUCUCAGCUGACAGCCUUCUCUUUCCAGGCAAAUUCUAGAGAUGUCCGAUUCCUGGAACACUGCACAUGCAGGUACACAUACAGGCUUUGGGAACACAGAAUCUCAAUUCUGACUGAAGUCUGAAUUUGGAAAAAAAGUCCACAAUGCUUUUUUCAGUAGCAAAAAAGGGAGGAGGAACACAAACAGUGAAUGACCUGUCAGCAGAACCUGCGGAAAAGAUAAUGACACAAAGUUUUCCACUGGGGCAUCAGCAAAUCUUCAAAUGCCAUGACGAUCAAGGCACUGCUUUGCAACAGUGUUUCUGGUCCAUAAACGCAAAACCAGAAGUCGCUCCAGGAACUGAAAAGCCCAGCUGAACAAGGGAGGAGAAGAGUCUGCAGGAGAAAUAAGAGGUGGAAUUACAACGUUUAGUUGGCUCUCCUGGGACGGGAUGUGCAGAGAGGUAAAGCCUUCCCUGGAACCACUGAGUGGAACAAAACAGCAGGAUGAAAGUUUGUAGGUGAUGGAUGACUGAGGAGCAUAGAUCCAUUUUUAUGCCAUCCUCUAGGAAAGCCUGAAAGACCUUCAGCUUCUUUUUUCUUUCAGCUUACAAAGCACUUAGAAUGUUUAAAAUUAUUUUAAGAUGCUUUAUGAUAAGGCUCUGCCAACACAAAGGCCUCACAACAACCCAUUUUUUAAUUUACUCCUGUUUUAGCAUUAUUUAUCUUGCCACAAAAUCUACAUAGAUUUCCAGAAAUAACACUCUGUACUUCUCUCUCUAAAUAUUAAUAGACUUUCCCUUCUGCCUUUGCCCACUAUAAGGAGGAAAUGGAAAUUAGAAAUAAGGAACUAGAACAAAAAAAGCCAAGCAGCUGCAGACCACUUAUCAACAGGAUUAAAAUUAAUAGGUUAUUAAAAAGACAGGAUGAAACAAUCUGCAAAGACUCUGGAAUCAGAAGUCAGGAAUGCGAAUAACAAGCAACCUGCUAACAGCGAGCUGCUCACUUGUUUCUAUCUCUCACUUUGAUUGCAGCACCUGCCAAGGCUGUUCUGCUUUCCUUUGGCUCUGUAAAGGGCCCUAAAAUUGUGACAAACUUUAUAGGCGUUUACUGCACAGCACCAUUUUUGCAUCAGAGCCAAAUCUGCACCUCUGAACAUAUGUGGAAGGGUUGAGCUCAAGGCUAAAGCCUGAAGCAAGCAGCCUUGCUGCAGCUGUUUGCAAGUAGGCAGGCUGCAUGCUUCAAAGAAGGGGUGUUACAGCAAGGAGAAACUAACUAAUGGCUGCUGAGAAAGGACGAGUGAUUUCUGGGUCAGGAUGACCUGCCUGGACGCCUUCCUGUGCAGCCUGCUGUAGGAGCUGCUUUGCAGGAGAGUUGGACUCAAUGAUCUCUAGAGGUCCCUUCCAACCCCUACAAUUCUGUGAUUCUGUGAUGAUCUGCCUCAUAAAAACACCUCGUAAAAACCAAGCCAGUUUACCUAGUGUCAAGUCAACUUCCAGCUUUGUGCCCCCCCAGAUCAGAGGAAAACACAAGCUCCUAUUUAAGUGUCCUAGUCAUGCUGACAAACAGUCUCCCCUUGCUGGGCAGGAGCACAGUGACCACAACAAGCGUGACAACACUGAGCUCUAGACUGCAAUCCAGAGCAGUCACCACAGGGCCAGAGGGGGAAGAUGAGGACCGAAAUUUGCUGAGCUUCAGAAGAUCUGCAAACUCCCACAGGAAAAGCUGCUCAGCAAGAGCCACAUGACACCCCAGUCAAUGGGAUCACUGCAGGCUUAUUUCAAGGAAGUCUGAGCCAAGACUGAACCUGAGCACACUGCAUUUUUCUCGACACGGCAGGCAGCAUCCUGUACUGCACAGAACAUCACUACGGUGUACGGAAUGGAGGGGGGGACCAUAUCUGUGAACUGCACCUAUAACCCCCGGCAGCAGCGGUGGAGAGAGAAGAGCUGGUGCAAGCAGAUCGAUGGGAGUAAGUGCCAGCACGUGGUGAGCGCCCGCCGCUUCUGGCUGCCAUUCCUGAGGAACAGGAACGGCACCACCUCCAUCAGCGACAACAUCCAGGAUGGGGUCCUGACCGUGACCAUGAGGCGACUCAGGAAGCAGGACGCCGGGCUGUACCAGUGCAGGACGGAGUACCUGGGGGAAACCAACACCUUACGGAGGGUGCAAGUGGAUGUGCUGACAGCUGUCCUGGAGACCCAAAUCCCAGAGGAGCCCAGUGCUGUGCAGAGCAUCUCCAGCAUCCCUCCUGAAGCUGAUUUCACGGUCCUCUACAUCAUUGCUGGAUUACUGGCUACUAAGUUUGUGGUGGCUGUGCUGAUCUUUAUCAUUAGCAACAGCAUGAAAAACAGAGAGGCAGAGCAGAACAAGCCAAGCUUGAAUGAACAGCAGGUCCUCCGUUUCCCUGGUGACCUCGUAGAGCCUGCACAUGGUGGAAUCAGCCCCUCCUGGGAGAGCUCUGCUUAGAGCCGAACCAAAGGGAAUCGACAGGGAAAUGAACAUCAAGCUUUUUUGAGCAAAGCUUUGCCACCUGCUGUAAGAAAGAAAAGCACUGCCUACUAAAUAUAGGUAUUGACAAACCUAUCACUCUGGAGAGGGAAUGUCACCAUCUACCACCUUCUCUCAUUGCUUUCUCCAACACAACCCAAUUGAAAUGAUGCUGCCAGUAACACCUGAAACUGAUGGAAGCAGGUGGGACUGAGGGCUGGAAGGAGGGAGGAAGAAGAAAUCUUUUCGUCAACAGAUCCAACAAAACCCUACUCAUGUGGCAGAGAUGCUUCCCCAGACACAGUAAUGCACAGAUAAUGCAUUGCUGUAAGGAAAACCACUGAACAUAAACAAGAGUCCAGGUUAACACAUCUCAACCACCUGGUGCUUUUGUGCUCUCACACACAGCAAAAAUAAUAUGGCAGUUUCAUCUCAAACCUCCAAGGAAGUUUUGAUUCGUUGAAGAACAGUGCUGAAGAGCUCAUGGCUUUUAUUCAGAAUGUCCUACACACCUCUACAGAAGCCAUGAAUGCUUCUCCCAAAAGCACGCAGUACAAAUGGACGUAAUGUGGUUCUACUGAAAGCUAGUAUUGCUGUCUAGAAAUCAGCUUUGUUAAGACUUGUCUGUAAGACUCCUGUCCAUAAAGACUGAUUUUUGCCAUGCUUAUGGCAAUGCAGUGCUCUGCUGUCACCUCCAGUCACUGCCAGUAACUGCACCACACGAUCAGGCAGUUAUUCCUAGUGCUCAUCCCCUGUGCAGGUGAGAUCUGUCAGCGUUGUGCCAUCUCACAGGUGACACAAGACCCCAAGGAUCUCCUUGCACAGAGUGGAUCCUUAGCAGGCAGUCAGUGUGGAAAGGAACAAAGAACUGCAGAACAUAACAAAGGCAUAUGAAAUCUGCACACAGCUCUGAGCUUGUUUCCUCAUUUCUCAAAUCAUUCCAUGAACACAAAGAUGAUCUGUCUCUCUGUACUUUACCUGCACUUUUUCUCAAGGGGUUCAUUGUUCAUCAUACCCCAGAAGGAAGCUGCAAUCACCUGUCCAAAGAAGAACCCAAACCCAAUGCCAUUCACACUGCUUCCCGCAUUGCCUACAAAGCUAAAUAAAAACAAACUGUUAUCUUA